AUGGCUUCUACCACGGGCACCGGAUGGGCCCAGCUGCGGCAACAAGCUCGCUCGCUCGAGACUCAGACAGAGACCCUCUUCCAUACAUACUCGCAGUAUGCAGCGCUCACCAAGCCACCACCAGCUCCCUCCGAAGAGGAACUCCGUACGGAGGCACAGCUUAAAGAUAUCCUCGAACGACGCGAGUCCCUCAUCUCCCAACUAGCCCGCCUCCUCGACUCCGAAGCAACCCUCACCUCCUCCGCCCUGAAACAGAACAACCUCGUCCGCCACCGCGAAGUCCUCCAUGACCACCGCCGCGAACUGCAGCGUCUAACAGCUGCGAUCGCCGAGUCGCGAGACCGCGCCAACCUGCUCUCCAACGUUCGCUCCGACAUCGACGCCUACCACGCCUCGAACCCCGGCCAAGCCGAGGCAGACUACAUGCUCGAGGAGCGGGGGCGGGUUGAGAACAGCCACAACAUGAUGGACGGCGUGCUGAGUCAGGCGUAUGCGAUCAACGAGAACUUCGGUAUCCAGCGGGAGACUCUCACGUCAAUUAAUCGGAGGAUUGUUGGCGCGGCCAGCCAUGUCCCGGGGAUGAAUUAUUUGAUUGGGAAGAUUGGGAAUAAGAAGAGGCGCGAUGCUAUUAUUCUGGGAUGCUUUAUCGGGUUCUGCUUCUUGAUGCUGCUGUACUUCCGAUAG